CAAGUGUGUAGAACGUAGUCUAAGACGUAAAUUUAUCAAGGAUAGAACUAUCUGUCGCGUAGUAUCUUUCUUUAUAUAAAAAUAUCAAUUUAAAUUAAACCCAACAAAAAGAAAAAAGAAAGAAAUUUUCAACCCAAAAGCAAAAACGAUUCAAUUCAAUUCGUCCUUAUUCACAUUAUAAACACGGCUUAAAAUCGCAUUUAAAAAAUUCCAAUAAAAAUCAAAUAAAACACAAAACAACAACCUUUAAGAAUCUUACCUGCAUACAUAAAAUAAUAUUCCUAAAAAUCUCAAUUCAGUGUAAUUUUAAUUCUAAAAACAAAACAGACCAUAAAAAGCAAUACACAAUAAAACAUCCUUUUAACUUGUACCUAUUUAGCUUAAUAAAUCAAAAGAAAAAUACAAAAAGACAAUCUGCUUUUCCCACGCGAUAAAGUUGUUUUCACAAACAUUAACAAGCCUAAUGUGAGAGACCGGAAUUUUCAAAUUCAAAAUGUCAAACUCCUUGUUUUUGGAUGAAUCAAAUGGAAAUGGGGUUUUUGCUACGAAAGCACAAGCAACAAACUUGAACAUUACUAACACCUUACCAACAUCGACAUCUAACGAAGACUUGAGUCAGAGUCUUUCGGAGUAUACGGAUGCAGAUGAAAGCAUGUCAGCUCCAACUGAAUUUUUGGCAGAGUUCCUUUCCGCUGUUAUGUUGAAAGACUACAAAAAAGCCUUAAAAUACUGCAAAUUAAUUUUACAGUAUGAACCAAACAAUGCAACAGCUAAGGAAUUCCGUCCCUUGAUUGUUGAGAAGCUAAAAGGUGAAGCCUUAAGUGACAGCGAUGAGAACUACAACAAAUCAUCAUCAUCACCCGAAAUGGCAUUAGAUCAAUCCGAAGAAGAUGUCUCAAAUGGUAGUGAAGAAGAAAGUGACUCAAAUCAAAGCGACCGCGACGAUGCAGAUGCAGAUGCUGAUGUCGAUUGUGACAAUUCAUCUGGCGAAAAUGCCGACGGAAGUCGUCGUUCAAGCUCAAGAAGCAGUGGCCUUGCUGGAGAAAGUAUCAGCGAUUCAGAAGAUGUCAUUAGCAGUGACGAUUUGGAGGACAAUAAUUUGUGUGUAUUAAAUUCACGAAAUUCCUCCAGCACCGGGGGAAGUCGCAGUCGAAGCGACAACACAACACAUUCAUAUUCCAGUCUCCUAUUGGAAGAAGAAGACGACAUUGUACCUAACACAUUACAUCUCUCGAAGGAACUUUCAGCUCAUGACAUGGACAUAAGCAAUGGCAAUAAGGUUAACUCAACAUCAUGCAGUGACUCUGAGUCACCAACAGAGCCACUUACUCAACGAUUGGCCGCCAUUUUACGUUCCAAGUGUGGUGUCAAUGACGGCAAAAACUAGAAAAUCCAUCUCAAAAUAAGACUUCCACAUGAUUAUGACUUUUCUAAUACCUUAAAACCUGGAAUCCGGAAACGAACAAAGUAUAAUCCUUUUGUUUGUAGACUCUUGAAGUCUGCAAAUAAUCA